CCGGCGCCGGGGCAGCUCCCAGCGGAGGCGCCGGGGACAUGGAGCGGACCUGAGCCGUGCGAGAGGCGGCGGAGCCCGCACCGGGAGCGGCACCGGGAGCGGCACCGGGAACGGCACCGGAGCGGGACCGGGACCCGGACCCGGGCGCAGCGCUGCAGCGCGGCGGAGCCGAUGUCCAUGAGGAGCCCCGUUUCUCCCCACCUGGAGCUCGAUGGGGCGGGCAGCAUGGUGAACUGCAGCAUCAAGACAGAGGAGAAGAAGGAGAGUGGCUACGAGAGCCCACCAGGGGCUGCCCCCAGCACUGAGCCCCAUCCCAACGACCCCCCAGGACCACCACCAAGAGAGGGCACAGACCCCCAGGCAUUGCCACAGGAAUCCUGCUCACCUGCUGGUGAUGCUCUGGAGCCGCGGUGCUCAGCCUUCGAGCCGGCUGUUGGCAGCCAGGAGAAGCUGGACUUCAACAAGAACUUAAAAGAGGUGAUGCCAACCAUUGAGAAAUUACUCUCCAGCGACUGGAAGGAGAGGCUGCUGGGCAGAAACGCUGCUGAGACCAAAGAAGUGAAGGGAACCCAGGAGAGCCUGGCAGAGAAAGAGCUCCAGCUGCUCGUCAUGAUCAACCAGCUGUCCACGCUGCGGGAUCAGCUCCUGACAGCCCACUCAGAGCAGAAGAACAUGGCUGCAAUGCUCUUUGAGAAGCAGCAGCAGCAGAUGGAGCUGGCACGGCAGCAGCAGGAGCAGAUUGCGAAGCAGCAGCAGCAACUCAUCCAGCAGCAGCACAAAAUCAACCUGCUGCAGCAACAGAUCCAGCAGGUCAACAUGCCCUACGUCAUGAUCCCUGCCUUCACCCCCAGCCAUCAGCCCCUUCCUGUGACCCAGGACCCCCAGAUAGCGCUGCCCAUCCAGCCCAUCCCCUGCAAGCCAGGUGAGUCGAGUCCCCAGGGUGCAGGAAUGCCUGCGGGGUGCCCUCAUCCCCCAACACUUCCUCUGUUCCCUGCAGUGGAUUACCCCGUGCAGCUGCUGCACAGCCCUCCUCCUCCCACGCUAAAGAGACCCAGCGGCUCUGGCCACCUCCAGAUGCAGGAGACCUCGCAGCCGCUGAACUUGACGGCCAAACCCAAAGGCUCCGAGCUCCCCAGUGCCUCCAGCUCACCCAGUUUGAAGAUGAGCAGCUGCCAGUCCCUCACACCGAGCCAUGGGGCUGUGCGAGACCUGCAGAGCAGCCCGUCCAACCUGCCCUUGGGAUUCUUGGGCGAGGGCGAUGCCAUCACCAAAGCCAUCCAGGAUGCACGGCAGCUGCUGCAUGGCCACAGUGGUGCCAUGGAGGGAGCGCUGAGCCACCCUUACCGCAAGGACCACGUUGGCAUCGAUGCUUCCCCUGUGAAGGAGAGGAUGGAGGAGACACCCACACACCGCCUGGAUGAGACUCUGCUGAGCUGUGAGAUGGACGGAACGCGGCAUUUCCCCGAGUCCAGGAACAACAACCACAUCAAACGGCCCAUGAACGCCUUCAUGGUGUGGGCGAAGGAUGAGAGGAGGAAGAUUUUGCAGGCCUUCCCAGAUAUGCACAACUCCAGCAUCAGCAAGAUCCUGGGUUCCCGCUGGAAAUCGAUGACAAACCAGGAGAAGCAGCCCUACUACGAGGAACAAGCCCGGCUGAGCCGGCAGCACUUGGAGAAAUAUCCCGACUAUAAGUACAAACCCCGACCCAAACGCACGUGCAUCGUGGAGGGGAAACGGCUGCGCGUGGGGGAAUACAAAGCGCUGAUGAGGAACCGGCGGCAGGAUGCCCGGCAGGGCUAUUUAAUAGGUCCUCAGGGCAGCCAGCUGCCCCCCGGCUCCUCGGAUGUGCUGUACCCUCGGCCGGUGGGCAUGCAGCUGCCGUCCCCGCUGAUGGAGCAUUACCUGCCCCGUGGUGUGGACCCCAGCAUGCCCGUCAUCGUCAGCGCUCGUAGCCUGAAGGAAGGUGACGGCGGAGGGGACGACGGGCACUCGGUGGCGGAUGGUGAGAUGUAUCGCUACAGCGAGGAGGAGGACUCGGAGGGAGAGGAGAAGAGCGAUGGAGAGCUGGUGGUGCUGACAGACUGAAGGGCCGGGUGGGGGGCAGCGGGGCUGGCUGGCACCAGGCGCUGGUGACCCCCGAUGCGGUGCAGGCAAAGAGCCAGCAGCUGCAGGGAUGAGAUGAGCAGUGGUGGGUGAUGGUGGGGGUUUGGGUACGUGGUGGUGCCAUUGGUGCUGUAGGGAAUGGGGCUCUGCAGCUUGGCUGAGAGCUGAUGGUUCAGGAGCCCUGCAGCCCCCAGUAAGGACCUGAGGAGAUGAUUGGGACGUGGGAAACCUCCAGCCCUGUAUUCCCUACCUAUGCCACCUGCCACCCCCUGGUCGUGGGGGCACCCGUAAGCUCAGCCCAGCCCUCUCCACCCCACUGCAGUUCCCCAUGACAGCCUGCCAGUGAAUUCCCAUGGAGCCUUUUUUAGCUCUUGCCUGACCCGAGUGCGAGCCAAGGGCACUGAGGAGCCCUUUAUGCUCCCGACGCUCUGUCCCACUUUGUAAAUAAAGCGGGUGCUGUUCCCUGGCUGUGCCCCAGCCCUUGGGCAGCCCCAGUGCACAGCACUGCUCUGGGUCCACGCAUCCCCCAGUGCCUCCUUUGCACCGCAGCUCUGUGAGCGCAGGCUUCACCCCAUGCAUCGUGGAAACAGCAGAGGAGGGGGGAAAGAAGGGGGGGGGAGAGGAAAAAAUAGCAGCGAUUUAAAGGGUAAAAAAAACACAAAAACACAAUAAUACCUGGCUCUGCUCAGCACCCGUGCACCCAGCGUGGGUGCAGCACUGGCUGUGCAUGCAGCACUGGGAGCAGCACGGAGCACAUGCACCGCCGUGUGGCAGCAGCCAGGCACAGCCGUGCUGCACGCAUCACACCUCUGCUAGGGGCUGCAGCAGCACUGCUGCUCCCUCGCACUCCAGGACCACAGCAGCCAGUGGGGGUCCUUUCUCUUUGCCCACCCCCCCCUUUUCUCAGUGCUUUAUUUAUUCCCCCCAUGGCACAGCUCAGGCUGGAUUGCGGCCGCGCGCACCGAAGGGGCAGCUCUUCCUCUCUCUGUUUUUUGUUUUUUUUGUUUUUUUUUUUUUUAAGACUGUAAAUAUAGAUAGAGCUUUAUUUUGUUAAUAAGACGACGAGUAACUUAACCUGUAUAUUUCACAUACUUGUUUACAAACUGCCCUCCCCACCCCUUGGCAUAAUAAAGAUGAUGUUUUGGA